AUGCCGACGAAAGCUCUGGGAGAGACUCUGAAGGAGUAUUUGGUCGUUGGUCGCAAACUGCCAACUGAAAAAGAACCAGUGACCCCCAUCUGGAAGAUGCAGAUCUUCGCUUCCAAUCACGUCAUCGCUAAAUCUCGUUUCUGGUACUUUGUCUCUAUGCUUCGCCGAGUAAAGAAGGCCAAUGGCGAGAUCCUCUCUUGCAAGCAGAUUUUCCCCAACAAACAAGCUGGUUCGGUGAAGAACUACGGUGUAUGGUUGAAGUACGACUCCCGUACCGGACACCACAACAUGUACAGAGAGUAUCGUGAUGUUACCGUAGCUGGAGCCGUCACUCAGGCUUACCGUGAUAUGGGAGCUCGUCAUCGUGCUCAGGCCGAUCGAAUCCAUAUCCUCAAGGUUCAGGCAGUGAAGGCAGCUGACACCAAGCGAGCUGGCACUACCAUGGGCGAUAUUCCCGAGGGAGACUACGAAAAGGGUAAAAAGGUCUUCAAGCAGAGGUGUUUGCAAUGUCACGUCGUCGACUCCAAAGCUACUAAGACUGGUCCAACCCUUCAUGGAAUUAUUGGUCGCAAAUCCGGAACCGUUGAUGGUUUUGAUUACUCUGCUGCCAAUAAAAACAAGGGAGUAGUAUGGUCGCGAGAGACAUUGUUUGAAUACCUUCUGAACCCUAAGAAGUACAUCCCUGGAACAAAGAUGGUCUUCGCUGGAUUGAAGAAAGUCGAUGAACGAGCUGAUCUCAUAAAAUACAUUGAAGUUGAAUCGGCGAAACCUGUCAGUUAA